AUGCCUUCGUUUACGGUGAAUGUAAAGUGGGGUAAGGAAAAUUUUAAAGAUGUUGAAGUCAACACCGACGAGGAACCGAUGCUGUUCAAGGCUCAGCUGUUCGCCCUGACCGGUGUGCAACCGGAUCGCCAGAAGGUGCUGUGUAAAGGAAUUAGUCUGAAAGAUGAAGAGUGGAACAUGCCGAUCAAGAAUGGUGCCACCUUGUUGCUUCUGGGUACAAAGGAAGAAGUACCGCAGGAACCAGUGGAAAAGCCGAAAUUUAUAGAAGACAUGAACGAAAACGAAAUAGCGACAGCUUUCGAUACUCCGGCCGGUUUGGUGAAUCUGGGUAAUACCUGCUACAUGAACGCUACGUUGCAGUGCCUGCGAUCGGUGCGUGAGUUGCGCGAUGCGUUAAAGGAAUACAAGGAAGAUUCGAGCGGUGCGUCGGGGUUGGCUGGGCUGGCCUCACCACACGCUAUUACCAUGUCAAUGAAGAAUCUGUUCGAAGAUAUGGAACGUAGAAAUGAUUCGAUCACACCGGUUCUGUUCUUGCAACGGUUUCACGCCGCGUUUCCGAGCUUUUCGCAAACCGGCGAGAACGGUACGUACCGUCAGCAGGACGCCAACGAGUACUGGUCCGAGCUGUUGAAAAUGCUGCAGCAAAAGCUGCCGGCACAGAAACUUUCGGCAGAGCUAAGUGUAAAACACAGCUCGUUCAUUGACCAAUGGUUCGGUGGUACGUUUGACGUGCAGAUGAAGUGUACCGAAGCGGAGGACGAGCCCGUUAGCAAAUCUAAAGAAAACUUCCUGCAGCUAAGCUGUUUCAUUUCCACCGAAGUGAAGUACAUGCACUCGGGAUUACGAUUGAGACUCAAAGAACAAUUAACCAAAAUGUCCCCGUCACUUGGCCGUGAUGCUGUUUACUCGAAAACGUCGCUGAUCAGUCGUCUGCCUGCAUACCUGACGGUGCAGUUCGUUCGAUUCCAGUACAAGGGCAAGGAGGGCAUUAAUGCUAAGGUGCUGAAGGAUAUUAAGUUCCCGAUCGAGUUCGAUGCGUACGAGCUGUGCACACCGGAAUUGCAGGAAAAGCUAUCACCGGUGCGUGCCAAAUUUAACGAGGUGUCUAAUGCAGAGGUUGAGCGUACGCUGAAAGGCAAGAACAAAUCAAAGGCAGAGCUAGAAAAGGAAAAGCCCAAGACAAUUCCCCAACCGUACUGCUUCGAAGAUGAUCUAGGUAGUAACAACAGCGGUUACUAUACACUGCAGGCUGUCCUAACGCACCAAGGACGAUCGAGCUCGUCAGGCCAUUAUGUGGGCUGGGUGCGACAUAAGGACGAUCAGUGGAUUAUGUUCAACGAUGACCACGUGUCCCCGGUGGAUCAGGAAUCCAUCCUGAAGCUGUCCGGUGGCGGCGAUUGGCACUGUGCCUAUGUGCUGCUGUACGGACCAAAGGUACUGGAGCUUCCGGUGGAGAUGGUAGACAAAGAGGCGGGUGGCGAUCAACAGCAACAGCAAGGCACGGCUGCCACGAGCGAAAAUAUGUCAGUUGACUAA